AUGGAUAUCAGAAAAGAAUACGAUUCUGUUGAGUGGCCUUUCUUAAAAAUGGUUUUGUUGGAGUUUGGGAUUCCAUAUAAGUUGGUUGAGCUGAUAAUGGGUUGUGUGAGCACUGUCAAUUACUCACUGCUACUGAAUGAAGGACUUACACCUAGUUUCCAAGCUAAGAAGGGGCUGAGGCAAGGGGAUCCUAUGUCCUUUUACCUUUUUUUCUUGGCUAUGGAAUACUUGAAUAGGUCACUUAAGAGAGCUGAUAGACAUUAUAUACAAAUGAUGUUACACUGCUUUGAGCAUUUUUCAGAUGUCUCAGGACUCAAAGCAAAUAUGGAAAAAAGUUGUCUGUAUAUUGCUGGAGUUACACCUGACUUUAUUUCUGAUUUGACAGUUGAGUUUCACUUCACUGUGGGGAAUUUGACUAUUAGUCAAUGUAUGCCAUUAGUAGAAAAGAUUGCUGCUAGAGUCAAGUGUUGGACAUCCAGAUUUCUCUCAUAUAGGGGCAGAUUGCAGCUCAUAAAGAGUGUCCUCUUUGAAAUGCAAACAUAUUGGGCACAAGUGUUCCUCAUACCUAAGAAGGUUCAUACACUGGUCACUAGCAUAUGUAGAAAUUAUCUACGGUCUGGUUCUAAAGAAAACUCCAGGAAAGCUUUAGUUUCUUGGGAAACAUUGUGUAAGCCCAAAUCAGCUGGAGGGUUAAACAUACUUGACUUUUACACCUGGAACAAAGCUGUUAUUAGUAAGUUACUUUGGGCAGUAUCCAUGAACAAAAAUCAGCUUUGGGUUCGUUGCAUACAUAGUUACUACAUUAAGGGUAGAAGAUUGGAGGACAUGGUUAUUCCAAAACAAUCCAGUUGGAUAGUCAGGAAGAUAAUUGCUGCUAGAGAAUGGUUCUCUACAGUUAUUGAAUCUCAUGAACACCUAUUCUUUGAUUGUGGAUAUUCUCAACAUAUAUGGGCAGCUAUCUUACAGUGGGUGGGAAUGAACAAACACAUUGGCCAUUGGCACAGUGAAGUAGAAUGGUUGGGCAAGAAGGUAAGGAGCAAAAGACCAUGGAAUGCUAUACUUGGUUUCCUCUUUGCAGCAACGAUUUAUCAAAUUUGGAUGGAGAGAAACAAUCGCAGGUUUAACAAGCAGAAGAAGAAAUCCGAGUCUCUCAUCAGAGAUAUUGCUCUUUAA